AUGGACGCUCGCAGUAACAAACAAGUUGGCAUACCACCAAAAGACGAGGGCUUUUACCAGAGGUUGAACAACAACGCCAAUAACCUGCAAUGGUACGCACGGAAAUUCCGCGAGGCAAUGCAUGUCACGCCCGAGACAUACGAGGCUAUGCUCACCAUCGCCGACGAAAUCCUUCCUGCUGGGAAGCCGUUGAUGUUCGUCACUGCCACCAAUAGGUCAAUCCGUGAUCGCGCCGCCGCUUGCCUGGUGGCUGAUGCAAGGGUGGGGAUAUAUUUCCAGCGCGCCUUCUCGCCGGCACAGUACCCUCAUGCGCACGAGUUCUUCCAGAAGGCACCUAUCAAGCUCAUCCAAAUCGCCAACGGCGCGCGCCGAGGGAAGCAGCCUGGGCUAUCUGCUGUUGGCGAUGGACAGAAAAAUGUCGGAGCAGGCAGUCCGCAGAGCAACACCCAUGUAGUCAACUAUGAAUAUGGUUACCCACCCACGUACGCACCACCAUCUGCAACGUUGGCGCCUUUCACACGGGAAGAAAGGGACGACAAACGCGACAGCCACCAAGUGGACACCAACAACACACUGGACGCUGCACAGGGUAUGCUGCGACGGUUCCAUGAUCUGAAACCUGCAGUGCCCAAUACCCUUGAGGUUAUGAGUCUCAAAUAUGGAUUUCCGGUCGCGGUGAACAUGGCGCAACUCUUCAACACCAUGUCGACGCCGAAGCCAGACGACAUGAGUAUCACGGCCAUCCGCGCUGGCUGCCAGUCAAUCCGACAGAGACGUGGGCUCCCUGCGCUAAGCGACGAUCUGCUGAAUUUCAGAUUCUUCUGGGUCGAGAAGGGGGUUGACAAGGACAUAGACGUACACGACAACACCUCUCUGCGGAGUGCCUACCGGAUUUGGCUGGCGGCUGGGGAUUCGGCCAUUCCUUUUGUGCUCUGCGCGGACGAUGUCAACGUGCCUGGCGUCUGGGUCAGUGAGAGUAUGCUGAAGGAUCGCUGA